AUGUCGGAGUUAAAUAAUCUUAAAUACGAAGAUACGGUCCAGUGCUUUUUCUUUUCAUCACAUGAAAAUGUUAAUUGGGAACAGUUGUGCGUUGUGAUCAAUGAAAAAGUUGCUGCAUUAUCUAAGGACUACAUUUGGCAUAGAGAUGAAUUUAAAAUUUGUCAACCGUUGUUAAAAGACGACUCCGACUUGCCAUUACACCUCACAAGCACAACAUGUUUUGAAGAUAAUAUUGAAGAUGAAUGGUUUAUUGCUUACUUAGUACUUAAACUAACUGAAGAAUACAAUGAUCUAAUAGUAAAGAUUGAAGAUAAUGAUGGAGAUUUUCUUUUAAUUGAAGCUGCUGAUUACCUACCAUCUUGGGCUAAUCCAGAAACAACCCAAAACAGGGUUUUUAUUUAUAACAGCCAUAUACAUUUAAUUCCGCCAACAGUAGCUGAACUAAAAACGCCAUUGAAGUUAAACGAUGCUUUAAAAUUGAUCAUAGAACACCCAGAAGAAACAAAAGCUGAAUUUCAAAUAGAACAAGCUAUUCUGGAAAGGAUUGGCGCUUAUCCGAAUAGAAUAAAAGAACUCAAACACAAAGCUACAGUUAAUAUUCCUAUUGAUUUAGCUGCUUUAUUAAUAAUAAAACCUACACUUAUAUCAUCUCUCGUUAAUAUCUAUCGCCAUCAUGAUUAUAUCGAUGCGAAAAAUUUUCGUAAAGUAAAAUUUGAUAACUGUGUUAAUGUUAAUGUUCAGUUUACAAAGUUUCAAUAUGCUGUGCUUUUGCAUUCGAAACAUAUUACUAGCUUUCGGAAUACAAAAAUUUCCGCUUCUGACAAGAAAAACUUUAUCGGAUAUAAAUUGGCUUGUGGUUAUGAAAUGAUUAUGAAUGAAUCGGGGAAAGAUAAAUUUUCUUCUAUGGAAUAUAAAAAGUUUUUAAAUAAUUUGACAAAAAAUGGAUACUUUAAAGGUAACAUUGAAGGCUCUAAAGAUUAUAAACAAUUAUUAGAUAAGGCAAACGUAUAUUUUAUGGAAAUGGAAUGCCCUGUCAGUUCUUAUAUAUCUUCAAUUAUAUCGCACAUAUUAUUGUCAAAAGAAUUCAUUCAAAUCAAAGAGGCUUUAACUCAAAACCCUAAUUUAUACUUACAUGUUGAAGACAGUGAUGAGUGGUUGAAUGUUGAUCCUUCUACAUUGGAUGAUUUCUUAAAUAAAAAUUACAGGAAGCAAGUAAAUUCUGACGAUCUUAUAACACCUAGUAUUAUUACAACUGGAUUAUCCGAUUUUCUUUCUAAGAAAUCUGAUUUCGAAGGUAUAGAAGAAAAUGAUACAUGUAUCCAAAAUGAUAAAAUAGAAUUUGAUUGUAACCAAUUUUUUACAUCUGUUGAAAGUAUGUUGAAUAUGGUAAAACUGGAUGCGGGAUAUGAAGAAUGCAGUGAUUCUAGUGACAAUGAAAUUUCUGACAGUUUUGUCUAUACCGAGCAACAGCUUGACAAAGAACUCGAGGCAGAAAUGGUCUCAAAUGAACAAAAUAUUCAUUUUAUAAGUGAUAAGUCUAUACUUGAAAAUUUUGUUCACAGUAUGAAAGAAGAAGGACUUUCAGGGCCAACAAGUAAUAUUUUAAGAUCUGUAGGAAUUAACAAAACAGAUCUACUGGAUUCCGACGAUGAUGAAGAAUAA